AUGCGUCUGAUAAUUGAAAUAUACUGUUGGCAGCGAGACUUCCUCUCCCACAUAAAAUUUGCAAGAACUGAAAUAGUUGAAAAAGUUUCUCCGAGAUACGACUAUAUGAAAAUGAAAUUAUCACCAAUUUUACAGAGUUUAGAAUCACUACACAUUUUACUAUUCAAUUCUCUAUCAAGAAUUCUUUCAAACCCAAUAACAGAAUAUUAUCCUUUUUUUAACGAAAUAAUUCAUUCAGUUAACGUUAUACCUGUUCACCAGCAAUACAUAAACCUUUUUAUUGACCUCGAACCCCUUAUUCAGAACUUUUCUCUCAAUAAUCCUGAUAUAACUUUAGAUGGCCGACCCGCAAUUACUGUUUUACGUGAACCAUUCAACUUUGUAUCCCAAAUGUCUGUAUUUAUGAAAAAAGCUCUUAUGUUUGUCCCAUCAAAUCGAAGAAAUGAACUUGCUCAGUAUUCCACGAAUUGCAGGAACAUAUUGAUGUCAGCGGACUCUGUACCACUACUGGAAGGUAUAUCUAGAAACUUCCUUAUCGAGCCAUUUCCUAUUGUUGAACCAGGAAGAAGAUUCAUUAAACAGGGAAACUGUCUCAAGCAUUGCAGAAAAGAUGUUACAGAACGUGUUCUUAUACUAUUCUCGGACUUCCUAGUAUACGCGCAGCCUCAUGGAGGCAAAUGGCUGGCUCCUGCUGCAUAUGAUUUGACAAGAAUGAGGGUUCAAAAGCCAUUUACAGAUAUGUUUUGUAUAUCUGCCUAUACACCUAAGAAAUCCUUCAUUCUUGAGUUCAAAACUGAUGAAGAAGCAAAUAAUUGGUUGGUCACCAUACAAAACGCCAUAGAUACGGCCAACUUCGGUGAAACAAUUGAGUUUGAUGCAGCUCCAAUCUGGAUGCCAGACAAUUACUCUCAAAAAUGCGUAAUUUGUCACCAAGAACACACAUUCUUCGUCAGACGUCACCAUUGUCGCGCAUGUGGCAUCGUUGCAUGCGCAAACUGCAUGAAAUACAAGGCUAUUGUUAAAGGAAUUUCAAACUCUCCUGUAAGAGUUUGCGUGAAUUGUUAUAAGAAACUGACAAAUAACAAAACAAGCGAUAAUUGA